AUGAGAUUCUAUACUUUCUCAUUACUACUACCUCUAGGCUGCUUUGGGUACAUUAAUGUGCGCCAAACUAUCCCGAUGGGCACCCAGACUUUCAGUCAGGGCCAAUCGUUCACGAUAAACUGCGCCGACACCACGACAAUGUCCCAGGGCACCUUUGAUCAACAACAAAAGGUCUGGCGCUGGAACAGCAACGAAAUCACCGCCAAUACGAAUACUCGGACCAUCAUCAACAACUAUCGACAAAUGCAGUUCGUCUCAUUCACCCAAAAUGAUGCCGGCUCCUAUGAUUGCUGUAUUUUACCUUACGGCGCCACCGACAACUAUUACAACUGUUACAACACAAAUGUGGUCUUAUAUGGCACUAAUGGAAACACGCAAUACCCCGGCCAAUCAACUGAGUUGAGCGUCGUCGCGCAGCUGCUGCUCGCCUACACUCGGCUGAUUACCAACACUCAAUAUAAUGGU